ACGGAAACGCGGCGGCGGGGGAAGAUGGCGCUCAUCCCUUCCCAAAUCCUCAGAGUAGCGAUCCUCCUGUCCUACUUCUCCAUCAUCUGCAAUUACAAAGCCAUAGACAUGCCCGCGCACCAAACAUACGGCGGGAGCUGGAAGUUUCUAACGUUCAUAGACUUGGUCAUACAAGCUGUGUUCUUUGGUGUGUGCGUCCUGACGGACCUCUCUAGCCUUUUGACGAAGGGCACGGCCAGCAUGGAGCAGGAAAGACAGCUCCGGAAGCUGAUCGGCUUGCGAGACUGGAUGAUGGCUGUGCUGGCCUUUCCUGUGGGAGUUUUUGUGGUGACCAUGUUCUGGACCUUAUAUCUGUAUGACAGAGACCUUGUGUAUCCAAGACUCUUGGACAACUUUAUACCUCAAUGGCUGAACCAUGGAAUGCAUACGACGGUGCUCCCUUUCAUCAUAAUUGAGAUGAGAACGACACAUCAUCAAUAUCCCAGCAGGUUGUGUGGACUGUUGGCCGUGUGCAGCUUUGCUGUGGGAUAUGUUCUAUGGAUGUGUUGGGUGCAUAAUGUGACGGGGGUCUGGGUGUAUCCACUGCUGGAGCACAUUGGGCCCAUGGCCAGAGUUCUUUUCUUCGUCUGCCUCACAGGACUCAUCAGCCUCUACUAUGUACUGGGAGAGAUCCUCAACAGCUACAUCUGGGACUCCUCAAGGAGUGCUGUAGAGUCUAACAAGGAUAAAACUGACUGAGUCCUCCACCUGUGAGGUGCGCCGACCAUCUAAAGAUUACUCUUCUAUUACUACCACCUCUCCGCUGGGACUCUGGGCAGCAAAUAUGACUCAGAAAUGAUGAUCAAUAAUCAGCGUAACAAUGAAAUAUGUUACUGAGCUUAGCCUGAUAUUGUUCUCCUCUUUUUUCAGUUAAGCUCUG